AUGAGCUCCCCUCAUAUAUGCCUAGCAUGCCGUCGUCGACUCGGCCAGCUGCGCCCACCGAGAGUGGUACAGUGGCGAUCUCGAGCCACCUUCAUCUCGCUCAGCAGCAACAAACCGCCAGCUACCAGAGACGUCAGACCGCCCGAGGGAACAUCGAAGGAAGAGGUCCGGUCCAGGCCCGCGGAUGGGAGCCACGAUGAUCUUGUGCGUGUCCGGAAGAUAGUAUCGCAGCCCACUCCGGGCGAUGUCCUCGAAACGCUGUUCGAACAGACUAUCCAGCCGCCGUCUGCGCGAGUGGCCACGAAAACAUUGGACGACCCGCAGAGAAGCAAGGACUUGUAUAAGGCUGUCGAAAGGUUGAAGGAUAUGGUUGCCAGCUCGCACCCAGUGCGAGAUGCAUGGGCCUUUUUUCUCGAGCAUUUCGGCCCAGAAGCGACGGAAGCCAGGAUUGGAGAGUUCUCCAAGCAAUCGCGAGUACCUGCGUACGUGGUCUCGACAGCGUACAGCCUAUUGAAUAGGUUCAUCCAAGCCAAGAGUAAAGACCCCCUGUCUCCGUCUCUCCCCAGUUCUACGGAAGUCUUGAAAGUUUUUCACCAGAUAGGGAGCCUUCGAGGGCGAGAGUGGCAUAGACUGGUGUCUAUCAAUCUCCAAGCGCUUCUCAAACUGAGGCAGCAGCAAGCGAAAGAUUCAGAGAAUGAGAAUCGUCUCUUUGCGGACCUCCUUGGUCUUUGGAACCUAGCAUCUCGAGAUCUUUCCCAGCUCACCAAAUUUCCCGCCAUGGAGUCAUCUGCCGUCUAUUGGUCAACUUUACCUCCCGUUCUUCAGAGGGAUGCGAAUUUCAUCACCAAGAAACAACCCGGUACAAACAAGGUAUUUGGGCUUCUCGUGCCUAUAUUUUCCAUGGGAGAGAUAGAUUCGAUGCCUCUCCCAAUCCUUACACUGGCUUCUUUUGGCGUUUUCUCGGAACGUUCGACAGCCAGAGACGCUCUGCCUAUUGAUAUCACCCCACUCCUGAUAAUCAUUGGCCGAGUCAUCAAUACUCCCGAACUUGAUCUUGGUCGGUACUAUGACAUGGCACAAAACGCAAAUCUCUCUCUUGUCACAGAAUACGUCAAGAGCAACUGGCCAUCUAUAAAACAAAGAGCCUCGGAAGUGUCGCAGUUGGCUUACUCUCCUGUCGACAAGACUCUUUCAAAACGCAUGUCAGAUUUACAAUCCCUGGAUCCCACGACGAGAUUCAGUUUGCGACAGGUGCACAUUGGCACCAUGCAUCGACGACUCUUUAACGCUAUGCAGCGGAAAAAUCUCCGCGAAGUGGAUGACCUCUGGUCUGAUGUAGUCAAGUGGCCUGUUGACACGACCGGCGCGAGCACACUAACAUCUGGAUCAAGCCGAGGCAUUUUGACAAUCCACUUGGUCAACUAUUUCAUGUUGAUAUACAUGACACUUCGUCAACCAAAUCGUGCAAUCGAUGUUUGGAACUUCACGAUAAAAAGCGGUAUGACUCCAGAUUGCAAGACCUGGACGUCUAUGCUCGACGGCUGUAAAGCCGCCCGUGAUGGUGAAGCUGUAAAGCAGAUUUGGUCCAGGAUGCUAGCGUCCAAAAUCGUACCAGACAAUCAUCUCUGGGUCUCGAGGGUUAGCGCUCUUAUCCAUUGCAGAGAUGUCGAUUCUGGAAUUGCAGCAAUUGAUGAGAUGGGGCGCCUGUGGAUGGAGGCAGCCAGAUUAAAGCAUCCAAGCAUGCCCCGAUCUGAGCUGCAGUUGGUCACUGACGUUACCGAUGUCGUAAAGCCCAGCAUCGAAGUCGUCAAUGCCGCAGUCCAUGGUUUACUAGAGCUGGGUAUGACAGGUGCUGCGUACAAGAUUCUCGCAUGGGCUGGAAAAUUUGGCGUUGCUCCAGACAUUAUAACCUAUAACACCCUGCUGCGGCAACUAAUUAAGGGUGGCCACACGAAGGAGUCCAUGGCGUUGUUGCAGCGUAUGCAAAAGACAGGUAUUCAAGCCGAUGAGUAUACCUUCACCAUAAUUCUGGACGAAACGCUCGGCGAUAUGGAAGGGCUCAGUCCAGAAGAGAGUAUCGAGAUUGUCCAGAGCAUCUUUGAAGAUAUGGUUUCCGCAGGGGUUAUGCCAGGUACUCCCAUCUAUAGCAAAAUUAUUCGUCAACUGCUUGACGGAGAGGGUGGCGGAAACAUGGCCGCCGUCGACGCCGUCUUAGCUUACAUGGCCAAGCAGAAUAGGGAUCCCGGCCACGUAAUUUUCACGAUGCUAAUGAAUUAUGAAUUCACCCGAAAACCUCCAAAUUUGGACGGAGCAAGAAGAAUCAUCGAGCGUGCGACGGCGACUGCCGGUGGUACCGAUGAGGUUUUCUGGAACAGAGCGAUCGUGGGAUAUGCCUCCGUGGGUGAGACCGGGCCAGCCUUGAGGAUUCUUGGAAGGAUGCAGGACAGUAUGGGCAAGGUCGGUUGGAAAUCCAUGCGCGCAGUGUUGUUGGCUUUGAUCGAUAACCAGCAGAUGGAGUUGGCCAAGAAACUGGUAGACAACGCUGUCAUAGACAAUGGUGGGCCUUUCCCAAGUACGGAUACCCGUGGCAUCGAGCGUCAGGCUGGUUGGAAUUUCUGGACGUUGGCUCGCGAAUACGGUCUCGUCGAGGAAGAGCGGCAUCUGAAGGAGUACGAGACGCCGAAGCUGACCGAGGAAACGAAGAAAGCCCAGGAAAAUUUGUAG